AUGCUUAGCCGGAAUAUCGCCCCACUCACCCUUGUCGCUCUCGCAGCACAAGUCGCUCUCGCCUCGACGCGUUGGCCUCAAACUCCAGACUCUUACGAACCCAUCACGACCUACCAGAAAUGCCCCUAUGCCGGCCAGCUCUUCCCUCCACCCACCGACGCCGGCAAUGCACCUGCCAUCUUGGCCGCGCAAUCAGCCCUGCGCGCCCAGCUCGAUGAUCUCACCCAAUCAGGCGAAGGCGUUGUGGCAUUGAACAGCACUUUCUUCUCCGUGGCCAUCUUUUCAGCCGCUGAUACGGACGAUGGCCUCAUUUUUAACUAUCACUUCGCUCCUCCAGGAAUGGAAAACGCGACUGGUGGCAGAGAGCUGGACAAUGAGAGUGUGUAUCGUGUUGGGAGCGUGACGAAGAUGUUGACCGUGUAUGCGCUGUUGGCGGCUAGAGGUGAUAGGGAUUUUGGGAGGCCGAUCACGGAGUUCUUGCCAGACCUGGAGGACGGUGCGGAUGACGAGGAUGAGCUGGCAAGAAUCCGGUGGGAAGACAUUACUGUUGAGGCGUUGGCAUCUCAGAUUUCUGGGAUACCGAGAGAUUAUGCCUGGCCCGACUACACUACUGCAGCAAAUGGUAGUUUGUUGCCUGUUCUGGGAGUCAACAGCUCAAAACUGCCAUCUGACGACAUUCCGGAAUGCGGCCUUCCGGCUCCCGGAUUCUCUCCAGACUUGCCAUUGUGCAGUCGUGAGCAGUUCAUCCAAGGUCUAAAUAAGCUCGGUGCUUAUUUCCCCGCCUUUGAGACCCCCACCUAUUCCAACGCAGCGUUCCGCUUACUCAGUAAUGUGAUUGAGAACAUAACUGGUGAGCCAUAUGAGACGACUUUCAACAGCCAGAUCGCAGACCCAUUGGGCCUUUCGUCAACUACGGUUUCAACGCCACAGGACGACAGCCACGGAGUGAUCCCUGGUGGGAAGACGGCGGCAUGGUGGGGCCUUGACCUCGGAGAAGAAAACGCCGCCGGCAGCGUCUACUCCACCAUCAACGACAUCACCACCAUCGGCCGCUCCAUCCUCCGCUCCACCCUCCUCCCCCGCGCCCUCACCCGCCGCUGGCUCAAACCCCACUGGCGCACCGCCGACGACACGCACUUCGUCGGCGCCCCCUGGGAAAUCACAUCCACACGCAUCUCCCUCGCCGACAGCAACAGCACCACAACGGCUAACACGUCCACGACCCGCGUCGACCUCUACACCAAAGGCGGCAACAUCGGCGCCUACUCCGCGCAGUUCGGCCUCGACCCGGACCGCGAGUGGGGCUACGUCGUGCUGGGCGCGGGGGCCGCGUCGGGCGCGCCGGUGUUCUACCUGGGCGACCUGAUCGCGCGGAGUUUCGCUCCGGCCUUCGAGGCGGCGGCGCGGGCGGAGGCGGCGCAGCGCUUCGCGGGGACGUUCGUACAGGCUGACGGUGGUAAUGGGACUCUAACACUAGCAGUGCAGGAGGGUCAGCCCGGUAUCGCGGUGACGAGUUGGACGGCGAACGGGGUGGAUGUGCUGAGCGCGCUGCCGGCGGCAAACCUGCGCGGGUUCGGGGCGCCGGCUGUGACGCUGUAUCCGGCGCGGUUGAAGAGCAAGGGCAAGGUCGCGUUCCGGGCGGUCAUCGAGGCGCUGCCGAAUGCGGAUUUUGGGGGCCCGUUGGAUAGCGCGUGUUUGAGCUGGUUGACGGCGGAUCCGGCGCAGAUUGCGAGCAGGAUGCUGGAUGAUGUGGUGGUGGGGGUGGAUGAGGAGACGGGCGAGGCGUUGUGGGUGGAGAUGAGGGCGUGGAGGGAGAAGUACGUGCGGCAGGGGGGGUACGGUGGGUACAUGUGA